AUGGCCAGCACGAGUAGACUGCCGUCUCGUCGGAGCCGGCCAAUGUCCAUGAUCGAAGCUCCGUCAAACCUACAGCUACCUACGACCAAGAGCGAUGUUGCUACAACCUCGAAACAGUCGAAAAGACGAAGUUUACUACCACAAUUCAGCCGAAAGUUCUCGGGCGAGAAGGAGACGAUCAAGGAGGAUGAUGAGACAGCAGAGAUAGCAAGCACAUGUAGUAGUGUGAAGGAAGACUCAGAUGGCGAAGGUGAAAGGCGGAUGGCUCAGGAGGUGGACAGGAAGGCAAUGCCGCCGCCAACCUCCAGGCUCGGCCGACCAACAUCAGUCUACAAUGGAGGACUCGGGAGGGCACCAUCAGUGCAGACACACACUCGAGCAGCACCCACAGAUGCCAGGGCAGAUGCUCUUGCCGCGUUGACCGGUGCAGCUCCGGCAAUGUCCACCACAACCACAAGUACCGGUCUCAGUCGAACGACUUCAACAAGACUACCACAAUCACCCUCGAAAGGUCUCUCACGGACGGCCAGUAUUCGACCAAAGGAGCCCUCAGCACGAUCCACGACAGCCGAAAAACGCACAUCUACCACACGAUCACGACCAACCUCAAUCGACGCAAAGGCCACAGCUCGUCCACCAAGUAUAACCUCGCCACCAUCGCCAUCAACCUCCACAAGUUCCCGACUAAGCGGAAGACCCCAAUCACAACUCUUCCCUCCUUCCUCACGGCCAAACUUUACGACUUACCAACAGCACUACAGUCCCGCCAAGUCUUCCUUACCAAAACCGCCUGUGCCGACUCCAAGGUUGAGCAAACAACUCCCGAGUGCUCCAAUCGAGUUCGAGGAUGCAGUGCCAAGCUUUGACGUGCUAAAGCAGCAGACGGAACUACUGCAAUUGUCGUUACUGCACCAGGCGGCUUUACAGACGAGCCACGAGUACAACGCAAGUGCGAAGCGCAGACUGGGCAGGAAGCAGGCUAAGCUGAGGAAAGAGUACGAAGCUAUACGUGCUCAGGAGGAAGAACAAAAGCGGAUCGCCAGUCUUCAGGUACUCGAUCGCUGGUCUCACAAUGAUCCGGCGUUACUGGCAGAAAGCCUGCAAAUCCUGAGUAAAGUACACCACGAACUUACGACUAUGACCGAGAAGUCUGGAGGUCGAUACAGUAGUCUCGUCGCCAAAUUCGAGGAGUGGAUAUCGGCUAGUGGUGGCGAUUCUACGCGACAUUACAUCGCAGCCCUGCCGCCAGACUGGCAUAAAACUCACACAUCACUAGCUUUGCGCCUGCGGGCACUGCAGCGGGAUAUGAGUCUUCUACCACCGGCACCAGAUCAAUACCCGCAAGACAGCCAGGGUCAUGAGUCACCGCUUCAUGUACUGCUUGAGCAUUGUACUACACCACUAGAUGGCAUGCUGAAAGAAUUGGAAAUGAUGGGUAAGCUAGAGAAGGAAAUCUUACUGCGCGAGAAGGCGCGUGUCGACGAAGAAGUGGCCCGGGUGGUCGAUGAGGAACAGCUGCUGGACAUGAAGAAGCCAUGGGUACCAGCUUGGCAGAGCGUGAUAUGA